CCAUGUCUUUAUCAGAUCAUGAUCUGGACUGCCGCCAGUGAGCAGAAGUGAACAGUGAGGAACAGACUUUCGUGAGAAGGACAAUUGUGUUGAUUCUUCUUUGUGUUUAGGUGCCUAAAUUUGAAAACUCGAGAAGACUUCAAAAUGAACAAGUCAGGAUCACCACCACCACCUGGUUUUGCUCCCCCUCCGUCAUCUGGUUUUGCUCCCCCACCAUCAUAUGCCGACGCAAAUCCACCUCUUCAACCAAAUGUUGUGAUUAUUGGAACACGUGUCAAUGCAUUUGGACCAAGUUCACAACCAAUGACUUGCCCUUACUGCCAUGCUAGUAUUUCCACUCGGGUCGAAUCGGAUCCUUCUACAAAAACUCAUCUCUUUGCACUAAUGCUCUGCCUAAUUGGGUGCUGGCCAUGCGCUCCAUGUCCCUACUGUAUGGAUACUUGCUUAGCACAGAAACAUUUCUGUCCAUCGUGCAAUGCCUAUCUCGGACAGCAUGAGAAUUAGUAACUUUACUGUAUAUUCAAGCCGGACAACAUCGAUCGUAAUUCAUUCCAACGUUCUUGAUCUUCCUGUUCAACUUGACCAGAAGCGGAUCGACUGACGCAGAAAAAAUAUUCUAAACUGAUAUCAAUCUUUCCCUCCAUUAUUUGUUAAUUCAAAAGAAACAAUUUAUUUAAAAUUACCUGCAGGAUUACGCAACUUUACAAGAGGAACAUGUAGGUAUCGUGUAGAGUGAAUUGAUGAUUUUAUUCAUAAUUGCGUAAGGUUUAAAUAUCUCCUCUGAUCUUGACAUUUACAUUGAAAGAUUAUAUCUUGAAGUUUUAUAUUAUGCAUAAGUUUAAGACAAUGAAAUACAAAUUUCAAGUUUUUGCGAGAUUGACAAAUCGAACAUGAAACUAUUUUUUUAAAUAUUGGUAGAAAAUUUAAAUUUCUUUAGAUUUGGAUAACUUGUUAAAUCGACUUUUAUUUUGGUUUUUAAAAACCUAGACUGCAGCCUAAAAUUUGUGAUCAGUAAAUCCAGUAUAUCCUAGUCAUCAUUGAAUGUAAUUUCACUGUUCUUAUUUUUACAAAGAACUGCAAGGUGGUUUUGAUAAAAGUUCUUGAACUUCAAGAAGUAAUUUACGUUUUAGCUGCUAAGCAGCAGUUUCAUUCUUCCUAUUAUCGAUUAAUUCAGUCUGCGGCAUUCUUAUCACGAAACUAAUGUGACCAGAUAAUGAACUUAUCAAAACCUGGAAUACUGUGUUGUGUUAAGCAAAAAACAACAAUCUACAAUUUAUGGAAAAAAUCUGCGUGAUAUGAUGUACUUUGCUUCGGAAAUGUACCAUCUGUUGAAGUGAUUUUCUAACUUUCUUUAAUAAAAAUGACAAAUAUUUUUGUAUUAGCAAUUACGAUACAAAAGCUUGUACAUGGCUUUAGUUUUUACGCUGUCUUUGUGCCUAAGAUAUAGAAAAAGAUAUUUCUAUAUUCAUAAUUAUUUUAUACUACUUAUAUAAUCAGUAAAAAUGUAAAUAUUUUAUACAAAUGUUCACAGUAAUUUUGAAAAUCUAUAUCAAUUUAUAAAUAUGGUUAUCUGGAAAUUCCUAUCACCUAGGGAAAAGAUUUUACUGUUUAAACAAUCAAACAUAUAACACUUAUGUCUUAUUUAUCUUAAUAGCAGAGAAAUUUUAAGAAGUUACAAGAGCAAAUAGUGAAUUUUAUUACUCUUUUGGAUACGAAUGGUUUUGAUAUUGAGCGAUUCUUCAGUGAGCAUGAAGUCUUUGUUAUUUCCGUAGUUUUUCACUUGUCAUCGUAUAUUUUCAUGUAAAGAUGAUGUAAUGUCUUAUCUGACACUGAGAGAAAAUAAAAAUAUAUGAAUUGAAAUUUA